AUCCCACUCCCCACUUCGGCCCUCACCUCUCAGCAUUUCCCUCCUCACCCUCUCCCAAAAAUUCCCCGAAAUCCCCUUCUCCAUCGGAUGGGGAACUGGUGACGCUGGAGGGGGUGAGGUGGGACACAGGCAGGGCGCGGGGGGCUUACAUGGGGGUCCCCAGUGCCCAAAUCCCUGGGGUCGGAGAGAUUGAAGGGACGGAGGAAUGCAGGAGAUGGAGGGAUGGAGGGGAUGGAGGGUCACCCGCGGGAAAGCCGGCGGCAGUGGGGAUGGGGACACUGCUCUCCCCGUGCCCCCAUCCCGGCACUCGGAGGUUCACAGGAGCACAGACUCCACUCCUCUCCUCAGUCCCGACCUCCACCCGGAAUUCCCUCCCCAUCCUUUCCCGAAAAUCCCCCCGAGUCCCCGUCUCCAUCGCGCCGGGGGGCCGGCGACGCCGGGCUCGCCCCGUUUCGUAAGCGGGGGCCGGGUGCGCGGGAACGCGUGCGCGGGGCGUGGGAUGAGUUCAGCCUCUUGGCUCCAUUCCCUGGAUCCCAUCCCUGGAAAUGUCACUGGAAACUCUGAAUGGGCCGGCCCCGCUCCAGAGCGGGGAGCGCUGGGGGGACAGCGCACCCCGGGGGGGCCGGGGCACACGGGGACCCAGAGCCGGGCAGGACGGUGCCUCCCGACCCUCCCGGGGGAUGCUCUUGGGGGGCUCUCCCCGCCAUCCCCCCACCAUGCUCUGAGGCCCCCCCGCUCCUUCUCCCGGCAAAGUUCGUGCCGUGGAUUUUUUCUCCCUGCCGCUCGCAGCUCCGUCCCGCUCGCCCCGGGGCUCCCCAAAACCCCGGUGCUUCCCGGGGGGCCCCUCUGGCACCGCCCAGGAGGGCACGUGCUGACCCCGGGCGCCAUCCCGCCCCCCCCGGCCAUGGCGGGCCGGCUCCUGACCCCCGACACCGGCCCGGCCCUGGGUGUGGAGGACGUUCCCCAUCUCCUCUCAGCUCUGCAGGUGUCCCCGCAGCACACGGUGACACGGGUGCCCGUCAUCCGCCACCGCGGCUCCAACACCCUCAACUUCCACUUCCAUGAGCCGGAGAGCCGCGGCACUGCCGAGAACAGCCAGGGAGCUCCCAAGAGCUCAGUGAAUGAGUGGUACCAGACCUGGCCAGCCAAGGAGGCCAAAGCCCCCAGCACGCAGGUGCCCGCCCAGCCCACCCCCAGCCCCAGGGCUGCCCCCGCCUGCCCACGGCCCCCGGGCUGGUCGGCAACCUGGACCAAGGACAGCAAGCGGCGGGAGAGGCGCUGGGUGAAGUACGAUGGCAUCGGGCCCGUGGACGAGACGGGGAUGCCCCUGGCCUCACGCUCGAGCGUCGAUAGCCCCCGGGACUGGUACCGCAGCAUGUUCCGGCAGAUCCACCGCAAGCUGCCAGAGCCCGACUGGGACACCCAUUCCUGCCCCACCACGGCGCCUCCAUCGCCCCCCAAGCCGCGGAGGAGGGGCUCGGCCCCAGCUGAGCCCCCUGGAAUGCCCAACGGGAUGGACUGGACCCACUGGGGUGCCACCGGUGCCUCCGCCGAGCCUGGCAGCAUUUUCGACUACGAACCAGGGAAGUUCUCUCCGCGGGAGCAGAGCCCGGCAGCAGCGAGGCCCAAGCGGGCUCAGUCCAUCGAGGUGCUGCUGGAGCAGGAGCUGGAGCAGCUCAGCGAGGAGCUGGACAAGGACAUGAGGGACAUGGAGACGCGCCGGACCCCCCGCCAGAGCCCGGCGGCUGCUCCCACCGCUCGCUCCCCUGCUCCGGCCUCCCCGGCUGCUCGGAGCCCCCUGUCACCCCAGCGGCUGUGGAGCCCCCCUGCCACCCACCACUCACCUGCCACCCCCAGCAUGGAGCGGGGUGGGCUGGGGCUGGCCAGUGACCGGAGCCCUGGCAGAGACACCCUCAGGCCAGGGACCCUCCCCAGCUUGUCGGACCUGGGGGAUCCCGUGGAGGCCGUCAAGAGGGAGGAAAAGAAGAUGAAAGCGGCUCGCCUCAAGUUCAACUUCCAGGCUGAGUCUCCCAAGGAGCUGACGCUGCAGAAGGGGGACAUUGUCUACAUCCAUAAGGAGGUGGACAGGAACUGGCUGGAGGGGGAGCACCACGGCCGCGUGGGCAUCUUCCCCUCCAACUACGUGGAGAUCCUGCCCCCCACGGAGGUGCCCAAGCCCAUCAAGGCUCCCACGCUCCAGGUGCUGGAAUACGGCGAGGCGCUGGCGCUCUACAACUUCCGAGGGGAUCUGCACGUGGAGCUCUCCUUUCGUAAGGGCGAGCGGAUCUGCCUGGUGCGGCGGGUGAACGAGAACUGGUACGAGGGGCGGAUCUCGGGCACCAGCCGCCAGGGCAUCUUCCCCGCCACCUACGUGCAGGUGCUGAAGGAGCCGCGGGUCAAAACCACCGCCGAGGACAUCCCCUCCUCUCCCGCCCCCGCCAGCCCCCUGCCCGCGGCCGGGUCCCCGUCCCUGCAGCGCUCGCCCGGCCCCCGCAUCCCCCAGGCUCCCGCCGGCUCCCCCCGGGAAGCCAAGCGGGGUCCCGGGGUGGCGGGCGGGCGCCCGUCCUCUCCGCGCCACCUCGGUGCCACCUUCCCCCCCUCCCCAAAGCUGCCCCACGCCGGCACCCCCAGCCCCUUGGUGGCCUCCGCCAGUCCCCCACACCCUGCGGCCGCCCACCCCCAGGAGCCCCGGCGUCCUGCCUGGAGCCCCGAGCAGCGCCCGACCCCGGCGGCACAAACCAGCGCCCGGCCCGAGCCCGCGCCGUCCUACAACGGCUCCGAAAUCCGGUGGACUCCGUACCGGGCACUCUACCAGUACCGGCCCCAAAACGCCGACGAGCUGGAGCUGCUGGAAGGGGACCGCGUGGAUGUCAUGCAGCAGUGCGACGACGGCUGGUUCGUGGGAGUGUCCAGAAGGACGCAGAAAUUCGGCACUUUCCCCGGGAAUUACGUGGCGCCGGUGUGACCCGCGGCCGUGGGGACCCCGGGGGCUUCCCCCUGUCCCGCCGUGUCCCCCCACGGGGAUGAAGCGCCUCCAGCUCCCUCCCGCCCCUAUGGGGCUGCUUCUAACAGGGACGAAUCCCCCCAGCGCGGGGUGUCUCCCCCGCCCAGUGCCUUAACCCGCCCCCUCCUCACCGCUGCCCGGUGCCACCGCCCCGGGGGUCGCCCCGGGGGUCUGCCCGGUGCCGGGCCUGACCAUGACGGCCGUUCCCCGAGAUGUGGGUCCGUGUCCGGGAGUCGCCUUCGCUUCUUUUCCGUCAUUAAAGCUCAGCUCAGCCCGA